CGCGGCAGUGAGGUCGCGCCCGUUCGCACCGCCCCCGCCCGCAAGAAAGAUGGCAGCGGCCUGAGCCAGGCCCGUUGGCGGCGUCACGGGCGCUUCGCUCCACUCCUCGGAUCCCGGGUGCGGGGAGGCAGGCCGACCGUGAGCUGCUCGCCCUGUGGGCUUCCACAGCCUGCUGCUGUCGUGGGGACACAGCCCUCUUCAGUGCCUGGAGCUUGGACUGGAGCCAGACCUCACAUCCUCCUCUGCCCCUGCCCCUGCCCCUGCCCCUCCCAGCACCCGGCCCUGGGUGGCGAUGGCGUCCAGGUGGGGUCCCCUGGUGGGCCUGGCUCUGCGCUGCCUCUGGCUCCUGGGGGCGGUCCUUCUGAUGGACGCGUCUGCGAGACCCGCCAACCACACAUCCACUCGGGAUAGAGCGGCCAACAGGGAGGAGAAUGAGAUCCUGCCCCCGGACCACCUGAACGGCGUGAAGCUGGAGAUGGACGGGCACCUCAACCGGGACUUCCACCAGGAGGUCUUCCUGGGCAAAGACCUGGGGGGCUUCGACGAGGACACGGAGCCACGGCGGAGCCGGAGGAAGCUGAUGGUCAUCUUUUCCAAGGUAGACGUGAACAGCGACCGGAAGAUCAGCGCCAAGGAGAUGCAGCGCUGGAUCAUGGAGAAGACGGCUGAGCACUUCCAGGAGGCCAUGGAGGAGAGCAAGAUGCACUUCCGAGCCGUGGACCCCGACGGGGACGGCCACGUGUCAUGGGACGAGUACAAAGUGAGGUUUUUGGCGAGUAAAGGUCACAGCGAGAAGGAGGUUGCCGACGCCAUCAGACUCAACGAGGAGCUCAAAGUGGACGAGGAAACACAGGAAGUCCUGGAGAACUUGAAGGACCGCUGGUACCAGGCGGACAGCCCCCCCGCGGACCUGCUGCUGACGGAGCCAGAGUUCCUGUCAUUCCUCCACCCAGAGCACAGCCGGGGCAUGCUCAGGUUCAUGGUGAAGGAGAUCGUCCGGGACCUGGAUCAGGACGGCGACAAGCAGCUCUCUCUGCCCGAGUUCAUCUCCCUGCCCGUGGGCACUGUGGAGAACCAGCAGGGCCAGGACAUGGACGACAACUGGGUGAGAGACAGAAAGAAGGAGUUUGAAGAGCUCAUCGACUCUGACCACGACGGCAUCGUGACCGCGGAGGAGCUGGAGAGCUACAUGGACCCCAUGAAUGAGUACAAUGCCCUGAAUGAGGCCAAGCAGAUGAUCGCGGUCGCCGACGAGAACCAGAACCAGCACCUGGAGCCCGAGGAGGUGCUGAAGUACAGUGAGUUCUUCACGGGCAGCAAGCUGGUGGACUACGCGCGCAGCGUGCACGAGGAGUUCUGACGCGGCCGCCCGGCUGCCCUUCGCCCCACCGGGGUGGCCGUCCCGUUGCCGCGUCCAUGGCUGUUCCGGACCCCAGCUCCUCCCUCCCGACCCCCGACCUCGGCUGGCCCCGGUGGGUGGAAGAGCAUCCGCUCCAGGCUCCUGCCGAGACGCGGCGGGGCGCGGGGCCUCAAAAUCGCGCAUCUCACUUCUGAGAACCUAAUGUUGCUUGAGUCAGUCUGCCGAAGGCGCUGAGGGCAUCGUCGCCGCAUGUCCGGGCCGGGCCCCCUCGCGGGGCCGCCGCUCCGUGGGAAAGAACACAGCUCCUCCACUUCCUUGAAAACCGAACGAUUAAUAAAGAUAGAUGAAACUUGGCUG